UUCUGCCUGAAGUUCAUCUUCCCUCAAAAAAAAAAUGUGAAGCAUGUUGAAAAAGCACUCAAGAAGUGGCUGAAGGGGAAAGGGAAGAGGUGCCAGUAACUGCCAGGAUAACAACAUGGGAAAUACAACCACCAAAUUCCGCAAAGCACUUAUCAAUGGAGAUGAAAACUUGGCCUACCAAAUAUAUGAGAGCAACCCUCAGCUAAAAGAAUCCCUAGAUCCAAAUACGUCUUAUGGGGAGCCUUACCAGCACAAUACUCCAUUACAUUAUGCUGCUAGACAUGGAAUGAACCGAAUAUUAGGGACCUUUCUUUUUGUUAGAGAUGGAAAUCCAAAUAAGCGGAAUGUGCACAAUGAAACAUCUAUGCACCUGUUGUGUAUGGGGCCUCAAAUUAUGAUAUCUGAGGGAGCCCUUCAUCCUCGCUUGGCACGUCCCUCUGAAGAUGAUUUCAGAAGAGCAGAUUGUCUCCGGAUGAUCUUAAAAUGGAAAGGAGCGAAGCUUGAUCAAGGAGAAUAUGAAAGAGCAGCAAUUGAUGCUGUCGAUAACAAAAAAAACACCCCUUUGCACUAUGCUGCUGCCUCAGGGAUGAAAACCUGUGUAGAGCUUUUAGUAAAACAUGGUGGAGAUUUGUUUGCUGAGAAUGAAAAUAAAGAUACUCCUUGUGACUGUGCUGAAAAGCAACACCACAAAGACCUGGCCCUCAAUCUGGAGUCUCAGAUGGUUUUCUCACGAGAUCCAGAAGCUGAAGACAUAGAAGCUGAAUAUGCUGCUUUGGACAAAAGAGAGCCAUACGAAGGAUUAAGACCACAGGAUCUUAGAAGACUAAAAGAUAUGUUGAUAGUUGAAUCUGCUGACAUGCUUCAGGCCCCAUUGUUCACUGCAGAGGCUUUACUCAGAGCUCAUGACUGGGACAGGGAGAAAUUACUUGAAGCAUGGAUGUCUAACCCAGAGAACUGCUGCCAACGUUCAGGUGUUCAGAUGCCAACCCCACCCCCAAGUGGCUACAAUGCCUGGGACACACUUCCUUCUCCUCGAACUCCAAGAACUACUCGCUCUUCUGUCACUUCUCCAGAUGAAAUUAGUUUAUCUCCUGGUGACCUGGAUACAGCUUUGUGUGACAUUUGUAUGUGCAAUAUUUCUGUGUUUGAAGAUCCAGUGGAUAUGCCAUGUGGACAUGACUUUUGUAGAGCAUGUUGGGAAGCGUUUUUAAAUCUGAAAAUUCAAGAAGGUGAAGCCCACAACAUUUUCUGCCCAGCCUAUGAUUGUUUCCAGCUGGUACCAGUGGAUGUCAUUGAAAGUGUGGUUUCCAAGGAGAUGGACAAACGAUACCUACAGUUUGAUAUUAAGGCCUUUGUUGAAAAUAAUCCUGCAAUUAAAUGGUGCCCUACACCAGGCUGUGAGAGAGCUGUCAGACUAACAAAGCAAGGGUCAAAUACAUCUGGUUCUGACUCACUCAGCUUUCCAUUGCUGAGAGCUCCUGCCGUUGAUUGUGGGAAAGGACAUCUUUUCUGCUGGGAGUGCCUUGGUGAAGCACAUGAGCCUUGUGACUGCCAAACAUGGAAGAAUUGGCUGCAAAAGAUAACAGAAAUGAAACCAGAAGAACUUGUGGGAGUUAGUGAAGCUUAUGAAGAUGCUGCCAAUUGUCUUUGGUUGUUAACCAAUUCCAAGCCUUGUGCCAACUGUAAAUCUCCUAUACAGAAGAAUGAGGGUUGCAACCACAUGCAGUGUGCUAAGUGCAAAUAUGAUUUCUGCUGGAUUUGCCUGGAAGAAUGGAAGAAGCAUAGCUCUUCUACUGGAGGCUACUACCGAUGUACUCGAUAUGAGGUCAUUCAGCAUGUGGAAGAGCAGUCCAAGGAAAUGACAGUGGAGGCUGAGAAGAAACACAGAAGGUUUCAAGAACUUGACAGAUUUAUGCAUUAUUACACAAGAUUUAAGAAUCAUGAGCUCAGCUAUCAGUUAGAACAACGCCUUCGAAAAACAGCCAAAGAAAAGAUGGAACAGUUGAGUAGAGCUCUCAUUGGAACUGAAGGAGGCUGUCCAGACACCACUUUUAUCGAAGAUGCAGUUCAAGAGCUCCUAAAAACUCGACGCAUUCUCAAGUGUUCUUAUCCAUAUGGAUUUUUUUUGGAACCUAAAAGCACAAAGAAAGAAAUAUUUGAACUUAUGCAGACAGACCUAGAAAUGGUCACUGAAGACCUUGCGCAAAAAGUAAAUAGGCCUUAUCUCCGCACGCCUCGACACAAAAUCAUUCGGGCAGCCUGUCUCGUGCAGCAGAAGAGGCGAGAGUUCUUGGCGUCCGUAGCGAGAGGAGUCGCUCCUGCAGACUCGCCAGAAGCACCAAGGCGCAGCUUUGCUGGUGGAACAUGGGAUUGGGAAUAUUUAGGAUUUGCAUCACCUGAGGAAUAUGCUGAAUUUCAGUAUCGGAGGAGGCAUCGACAGCGGCGACGAGGAGACAUGCACAGUCUGCUCAGUAAUACUCCAGAUCCUGAGGAUCCAAGUGAGAGCACCUUAGAUACCCCGGAAGGCGGCAGCAGCAGCAGGAGGCCCGGCCCGUCCCUGGUCAGCUCAGCUUCCCUGAGCGUCCUGCACAGCUCGUCCCUCCAUGACUACACGCCUGCGAGUCGGUCGGAGAACCAGGACUCGCUGCAGGCUCUGAGCUCCCUGGAUGAAGACGAUCCCAACAUCCUCCUGGCUAUCCAGUUGUCUCUGCAAGAGUCUGGGCUGGCGAUCGACGACGAGACCAGAGACUUCCUGAGUCAUGAGGCGUCCCUGGGUGCCAUUGGCACGUCGCUGCCCACCAGGCUGGACUCCCUCCCCCUGGCUGCAGACAGCCCUCGGGCCGCACUGAGCAGCUCUGAGCUCUUAGAGCUGGGGGCCGCCAUCAGGCGGGCGAGUGCUGAGAGUGAUCUGCAGCCGGCCCCGGGCCUCGACGACGCAGCCGGCCGCUUCUUUCCAACGUCCAGCGACCCCGACUGCACUCGCCUGGACCCCAGCAGCAACGAGAACCUCCUGGGGAACAUCAUGGCCUGGUUUCACGACAUGAACCCCCAGAGCAUUGCCCUGAUCCCUUCUGCGACUCCAGACACCCACGAGGAUCCCGGAGGGCCGCCCCACACAGAAGGGGAGUCAGGGGUGGCCCUCGGUGCCAAAGAGCUAGGCCCGGGGCUCCCAGCAGCACCCUGCCUCCAAGGGGACACAGCCGGGGCCGAGGAGGUCCCAGGAUCCCCUGCGGAAGGAGCCCACUCCGAAGAGCCCCACGAGGCGGGAUCCGCCGCCGACACCAACGACGCGGCCAACCAUGCAGACCCGACGGAAGAGGCUCCGAGCCCUGCCGCUCCAGCCUCCAAAGAAUGGAUGGAACAAGUGCAUUUGGUGUGAGAGCCGGCACUUGGGGGUGGGCGGUGUGGAAAGAGACUCAAUCCACACAAUUCCUACUUGGUCGUAAACCAGACGAGAUUAAAAACCCAGGCGUGUGUGCGUUCAUUCCACCCGAUGGUCGUUCCUUUUUCAAUUUGAACCUUUCAAGGAAUAUCCUUUGCAUUUCAUUGGGUAGCAUUUUCCCUUUUUUUCUGACAGAAAAAAGGAACAAGUAGGUUGUGUUCCACAUUCCCAAGAAAAUGCAGGCUCUGUUUAGCCCGAGGUUGGCAAAAUUAAAUUUGAAAGAACAAAUUAAAGGCAUACUCUCUAAAUUUGGUGGGUUUUCCUAAGACAUAGUUUUUCUCCAUUUCAGAAAUUCUCUUUUGACAAAUCUAAUAAUGUCUAGCUCUUCAUUUUCCGAUUUUUGUGCUUUACUGUAACAUUUUUGCAUUUUCUUUUUAUUUUAAACCAGCAGCGUGAAUUGAGACUCUCUGCAGCCCUCUUUUAACACUGCAUCUACAACAAUGUCAUGAGUUUUAUUUUCACAUAAAUCAAAGAUUUUUUUGUGUCUAUUUACAGUCCAAAUGUGCCAAAAUGUGACGAGCCGGCUGUCUAAGCAGAGAGACGAGUGUUAGUGGCCUUCAGGGCCCCAAAGCAGUCUUGUGAUUCUUUGGAGGAAAAUGGGCCGCCCAGUAGUGAGGAUCUUUAGAGAUUUGAUGGGCUUCUGUUGCCAUGGAGACUGCAUUGAAAUAAAUGUAGCCUGUAGCUUAAGUUAACUAAAUCUAAUGCUGCUGUUAAAAACAGUUUAUUUUAAUAUUAAAAUACAGUUGAUUAGCAACAGCGGUGCUGUAUUUUAAGAGACACUUUAAUGGAAGUGCAAUCAUAGUUCUUUGUUUUCACAAUUUUACAAUGCAUUCUACUUACUAAUGGGUGCAAUUACUUUUAAUGGCAAAUAUUUUAUAAAAUAGAGGAAAAAUGGAGUUUUCAUGAAUUAUAGUAAAAUCCCACAAUUAUUUAAGGAAAAAAGUCAAUAAGACAUCCUGCGCAACAUGUUACUGUGCCUUUGCCUAAUCUAAGUGGAUAGUUGCCAGUUAAACAAGUAAGUCAUUCAAAUGUCAGUGUGUGUUCUGAAGUAACUAUGCUAUGAAUUGCGAUGACCUCCAUAAAACCACCCAUGGCCUUGCCUUUACAGUAAAUAUAACAACUCAACGUUCAUUCAGUCCGUUUGCCUAAAGAGCAAACACUGACAUGUAUUUGUUUAAUUGCACAAUAUUCAUUUGCCGUGUGAUUACUGUUUCAUGUUUUUUAAAAACAAAUCAAACUUCCUAGUUAUCAGUGUCUUACUGUGAAGAAAAUAGUGGUAAAUAAGAUACAGUGGUACAGUUCAUAAUUACAACUAGAGUAAAUUGUUGGAAUGACUGUUUUACUUACAUAUAAUCAGAACUAGCCUACCGUGUGCAGACUAGCUAGGCAGCGCUCCAUUUUAUGUCCCGCGAGAUCAUUCCCAGAGAUGUACAGACAGCCAGUCCUCCCCCUCCACAGUCGAGUUCCAGGCCAGGUCAGAGACCGGACAAGCACGGAGGAGUUCCUGCACGCAACAUGCUCUUUCUUCCUGUUUCAUUCAGGCCCGGCUUCUGAAAUUCUUUUUCCCGAGAUCCUUUGGGCAGGAUAUUAUAUGAGCUACUAAAACAUUCCUCAGAUUGAAAGUAAUUUCCUAGCAUAAACCGGGAUUAUGCCUUUGACAUAGAGAUGACCAACCCACAUUAAUGUUCAUCCUUUUAAAGUUAUUUUUGGGAAAUGAUUCAUCUUGUCUAGAGUACAAUAAUACCUGAUAACAUGAUGUUCCUAUUAAGGUUUCAUUUGGGGGGAAUUAUCUGUUUUAUCUCUGGUGAAACUCUGUAAGUUCACCUGAAAUAGUCCCUUGAAGAAUUUGCACAGAUUUAUUUAUGACUGACAUGAGAUACCAAUAAUUUCUUUGAGUUGUAAUUUCUCUCUAGAACGUCACAAAGGUUCUGUGGGUGGCGCCAAGCUGUCUUUGCAGAGCUGCAGUGAGAUGAGGGAUCGGAUCGGCGGGGAGCGCAGUGGGUCCAGGGCAGCUUCAGGUCACCUUGGUUUCUGUGCUUGUUCUCUCCACCCUCAGCAGGAAAACUCAUUCAAUUUGUAUUUUCUUGGGACACGUUUUAAAAACACCACAGUCAUUGACUUAACGAUUCAGAAAAAGCAUUUGGCAAAGCCUAUUUUGUAAACGAGUUAAUUUUAUAAUGUAAAAAUUACUCUAACCUUGAAUUGUUAUUUGCACUUUCAUAGCCUAUACUUGAUACAUUCCCACUUUAUAUACAAUAGGAUUCUACAAACACGGAGAUGUUUGGCCAAAUGAAUGCUGUUAAUAAUAUGUAAAAUUCUUUGAUUAAACAUUUAUUACUUAAACUACUUCCAUUUGUCUCAUUACGUUUUGGACCAAUUCAUGAGGCUGAUAUCCUGCAUUUGAAGUGUCUUCCAGCAUGAUGGGAUUAAUUUGGUUUCUAUUUUUAAACUUAUUAGUGGCUUUUUAAAAAUUCUCCACUAUGUGGCCUAUCGAGUUUUUUUUUUUAAAUCCUUCCAACAAAUAACCAACCCCAUGACACUGGGGGACAAUUUGUGAAAAUGAUGCAAUCUUGCAGCAACUAGACUGCCCACAUUUUAUCAGUCUCAGGAGAAAUCAUUGAUAAUUUUUCAUUGAAUUUUCAAAUUCUCCAAACACAUGCAGGUCUCUAGCAUAUGAAAUGAAAAUUCUUGUUAUCAGUAUUUUAAUUGGCAUUUAAAAAGCCAUUCUCCUAGGGCAAGUAACAAUUUAUGUUGGGCGAAUGAAUGGUGCCUGCCAAUUCAUCCAGUUUACUAUGGCAUCACUUUAUGGAAGGGUCAUCGGAUUGAUUUUUUUAACUGUGUGGACUUUAUAAGUGUCUUUUUUUUGUAUUUAUUUACAAGGUUGUAUUAAAUUAUAGGAGAGUUAAAGAUCAUUAAUAGGUGCUUUUAAAACCUGUUUUUAUGAGAAAUGCUAAAUGCUCAUCUUUUUGAACUGUAUUAAUUAUGCCUUUCAGUGUGAGAAGCUGGAGCUUAACUGCUGGUAUUCAUAUAUUGACAUGUUUGUUAUUUAUUGUAGCCAUUCAUCUAAUGAGUUUUGGUCUGUUCAGUCCUAAAAAUAUUUUUAAAGUACCUGUUACGAGUGAAAACUUGAGACCUAAUGAAGUCGGACAUUCUGUAAAAAGUUACAUAUGGUUUCUAAGGAUUAAAAUCUAUAUAUUAAAUGUUAGUAAUAAGUUUCAUUUUUUUAGGCUGAAAUGCAGAAACUCCAUGGAAAAAAAAUAAAUGUUUUCUCCACUGAACCAAUACACUGAGUAGUUGACAACUCACUCACUAAGGGUGGAACCUGUAUUCUUAGCAACGUGGAAUAUAUGUCUUAUUAAUCAACCCUAAUAAACAUUUUACCAAAGAAA